AUGGCAUCUAAAAUACAAUUACAGUUGUUAAUAAUCACUUGUUGCUUUUACCAGUUUUGUAGUCAGCAGAAUGUAGAUAUAACUAUUGUUUUUCACACAAAACAUAUUCAGGCUCAUCAACAUGGUAAUGUUGAGCUCCUAUGUACUUUGCAUGGAGAUCUUAAUAAUGAGAUGGAAUUCAGUUGGCUGAAAGACGGAGCUCAGUUUAUACCAGACUACAACGAUCACCAAAGAUCUGACAUUAGUGCAGGUAAUGUAGUGUUGGAUAUUUCAGAUGUGAAACUGUCUGAUGAAGGCCAUUAUCAAUGUGUUGUAAAAUAUAGGGAAAAAGUUAUAGCAAUAUCAAGGCCGGGGUAUUUAACGGUUCAAGGCAUACCAGACAAAAACUACCCACAAUGCUUUCUCUCCAAACACUUGUAUACUGAAGGUGAUAAAGUCAAUAUAUCAUGCAUCUCUGAAACAAAAGGGAAUUUUAAAAUGCAAUGGCUUAAACCACCGCAAGAUACAGAAAUGAUACAAUCAGAAAAGACGGAUUUCACAAAGCUAUUUUGUAGCUUUGAAGCUACAAAGCAACAACACGGUAAGGAGUACAAAUGCCUGAUGAAGAUGGAGGGAGAACAAGUUCCACGUGUGUGCUCCACAAAGGCCCUCAACAUCACAAAUCAACUGCAUGUGUACACCACAACACCGGAGUUUAUUUACACCGGAAAAAGCCUUAACAUUACCUGCGAUACAAAAGAGCAUUUUGAGGAUGUGUCUUACACAUGGAUCUUCGAAAACUGUAGCAGUGACAUGUCAAACAAGUUUAUAAACAUGAAUGAAAAAAUCUAUAUCAACACCAUAGAUAUGGAUAUGAAUGGUUGCCAUGUGACUUGCAAAGCUGCAAAAAAUAUGGCUACCGGUAACUAUACAUAUGUAAUGAAAGUUAUUCAAAAUGACCAAGAAAUCAACGUUUCUUCACUCUCUGUCCAAGCAUUAAAAGAUGAAUCCGAGAUAUCAACAAUAGUCUUAACUACAUCUUCAUGUUUUAUUUUCAUUAUUGUAGCCAUUGCUCUCUUGAUUAAAUACAAGAAAAAAAAUACUGGAACUUUAGAUAUUCCUGGUAUUUUAACACCUCAAGGAAUACGUAGCAUGAACAGAAAACCGAAAGGAGAAAGUGUAUAA